AACCCUAAAUUGUGAAGACCUUUCACCUUGAAAUCACUCUGCCACUACACUAAAUUGGUGCUCUCAACAUCACAGAUCACACCUUCUCAAGUUCCAUAUUCCAUAGAGACGCAAGAUCUGUGCAACGAUUCAACACUCGAUCAAGGAGAUUAACAAUCCAGGCACAAUAUGAAGUCUAUUGCUACAAGGUCUGAAGUGUUUACACCUAGUACUGACUUAACUCUAGAUGAUUCUGAUGAUGAAUUACUGGAUGCAUAUAUGUCAGAUUUAGAAAAGAAUGCUAAUGCAGGGGGAGGAGGAAGUAGCAGUAGUAAGGCAGAUAAUGAUGAGGAAGAAUAUAGUGGUGAUGAAGGAGCUAGUACUGAUGAGGGAGAUAGUGGUGCUGUAGGUGAUGACAGUGAUGUUGGACAAGGUAAUGAUGUUGAGGUAGCCAAUGAUGAUGAUCAUGAUGAAGAAUUGGUGUACGAGUUUGAGGACUGUGGCAUGCUAUUGCAUGAAUAUGACAGUGAUGAUGAAGUUAGGGUACGUGGGCAUGGAAAUCCAAAGUAUGAUCCUAAGGUGAAAGAAAAAGAAUAUGUGUUUCAGCUUGGAAUGGAAUUCAAAACUUUAAAGGACUUCAAGGAGGCUGUUAGAGGUUAUGCUGUAGAUGGGGGUUAUCAAAUACAAAUGGUUAGGAAUGACAAAUUGAGGUGUCAGGCUAGGUGUAAUAAUGGAUGUCCAUGGAUGAUUUGGUGCUCUCAGAUCAGGGGGGAAACCACAUACCAAAUAAAGACCUAUAUUAAGAAGCAUAGGUGUAACAGAAUGAUGCCAAACAAACAAGCCAAUAGCUCAUGGCUUGCCACUAGAUUGGUGGAUAAGAUUAGGAGUGAGCCAAAAAUUAGUGCUACACAGAUAUGCACUUAUGCUAAAGAACACAUGUCACUUGCUAUAUCAAGGACUCAUGCUUACAGGGCCAAGAAAAAGGCAUUAGAUAUAAUCCAAGGUAAGCACAAUGAGCAAUAUGGACAACUGAGGAGUUAUUUUAGUGAGGUUUUAAGGACAAAUAGGGGCAGUACAUGCAAUAUCAUUGUAGAUAGGGCUAGGCCUGAAGAUCCUGCAGUGUUCAAGAGAGCCUAUGUAUGCUUAGCAGCAUUGAAGAAAGGGUUCAUCGAAGGGUGUAGGCCUCUAAUUGGGCUAGAUGGUUGUUUUCUAAAAACUGUGUAUGGUGGUCAAUUACUUACUGCAAUUGCCCAGGAUGGAAGCAAUGGCCUUUUCCCUAUUGCCUGGGCAAUAGUGGAGAGGGAAAAUGGGGACUCAUGGGAUUGGUUUCUUAGGAAGCUCUUGUUGGAUAUUGGUGGUUUUGAUAACAAUAGAUGGUGCUUCAUUUCAGAUAGGCAGAAGGGCUUGGUUCAGGCAAUUGAAGGGUUGGAAAGAGAGAUGCAACAAAGAAUAGAACAUAGGUUCUGUGUUAGGCAUAUUUAUGCCAAUUUUAGUAAGCAAUGGCCUGGAGCUCACUUUAGGUGGCUAGUUUAUGAAUGUGCAAAGUCAACUACAAUGCAGGGGUUUAACAUCCAUAUGCAAAAAAUUAAAGACUUAGAUGAAGCUGCUUGGAAAUACUUGAGUGACAUAAGACCUUGUUUGUGGACUAGAGCUGCAUUUUCAACCUUCAGCAAGAACGAUUCAAUUGUGAAUAACAUGUCUGAGAGCUUUAACUCAAUGAUAUUGCCAUCUAGGGAUAAGCCAAUUAUAGCAUUGCUUGAGGAAUUAAGAGCUGAUGCAAUGGAUAGACAUGUGAUGCUUAGAGAAACAAUGUCGAGAAAGCAAGGGGUUCUUGUGCCAGAAGUACACAAGAUUCUAGAUAAGGAAUUUGAAAAUAGUAGGUUAUGGACAGCUAAGUGGACAGGAGAUGAUCAACAUGCCAUAUUUCAGGUUAGUAAGAAACCAGAACAAUACAUUGUCAAUGUGGAAAGGGCAACGUGUACAUGCAGGGCUUGGGACCUGUCAGGUAUACCAUGUACACAUGCUGUUGCAGCAAUUGGUUGGUUGCACAAGGACCCAGCUGAUUUUGUCCAUCAAGCUUAUACUAAAGCAACCUAUUUGAGGGUGUACAAGUUCAAUGUAGAGCCAACAAAUGGAGAGAAUUUGUGGAUUAGUGCUAGUGGUGAUACUGUUCUUCCUCCUCCAAUUAAUGUUGUAGUUGGAAGGCCAACCAAAAAGAGGAGAAGGGAGCAUGAUGAGCCCAAGAGCAAGAGCAGGUUGAGAAGAAGGUAUGGCAAGACAAAGUGUAGUAAAUGUGGACAAGAAGGACACAAUAAGAGACGUUGUGAGAAUCAAUCAAAUGUUCAGGUUGGAAAUGUUGCUUCUGGGAGUAGCAGUGUUACACAUGAGGCAAGGGUGUUGACUGGUACAGGUGUUGCAGGCAGAGGUGUUGCAGGUAAAACUGUUGGAAGGGGUAGAGGUGCUGCUGGUAGAAUUGCUGGAAGGGGCAGAGGUGCUGUAGGUAGAAUUGUGGGAAGGGGCAGUGGUGUAGCUGGUAGCCCUGGAAAAAGGACCAAGGAAAAUGCUAGAAGGCUGCCAAAUACAUAUUCAACACUUCAAGGUUCAACCUCAAGCUCCAGUUUGGGAAGAAAAGAAGAUUAAAUGGAAAAAUAAAGGCUGCUAUUUAGAGGCUAAGAACAGAGAUGGCCGAAAUCAGUGAGGAACAAAGAAAAUAAAAGAGCAGCAGAGACGACAAGUGGGGAAAAAAUAUAGAGGUUAAAGCAGACAACUGUGGAAAGAAAUAGAGGACUACGUAUGGUAAGCCGGAGAAGCAAGAGGACAUGUUUCUUGGCAGGAAGCUGCAGAGUCUUCUUUCCUUUAGUGUCAUUGCCUCCUCUAUGUUUUGGUAUUUACACCUGCAAACCAAAGUUGUAACCAGAAAUAGAGUUUUUUUUUUCCCCUCUUUUUUGUUUCUGUUAUUCUUUCUUACGAGAUGAGGAUUGGCUUCUGCGAAUUGAUGAAGUAAAGAUCGUGUAAUAUAUUUAGAGAUGGCAGGCACAAAUAUAUCAAAAUUAGCAAAGA